AUGAUCGAUAUUGGAAAUGAAAUUAAUAAAAUUUAUCAAAUUAAUACACCGAUGGACAAAUUAACUGAUAAAGAGGAACAACGUUUUCAAAGAACCAAGUUCUGUCAAAAAUGUUCAAAACAUUUUAAAAACAAUAAUUUGGUUAAAGUUCGAGAUCACUGUCAUUUUACUGGCAAAUAUAGGCAAUGUCUCUGUCUUCAAUGUAAUUUCGAAAUAACUAGUCCAUCGUUCGUUCCAAUAUUCUUUCAUAAUUUAUCUUAUGAUAGUCACUUCAUAAUUCGGGAACUAGGUUGCGAUGAUAAAGAUAUUCAUAUUAUUCCUAAUUCAUCGGAAAAAUAUAUAUCCUUUAGCAAGGAAAUCGCACCUAGAUUUAGUAUUAAAUUUGUCGAUACAUUCCGUUUUAUGAACAAUGCUUUUUUACCAUCAAAGCUUGAAUUUUAUAACUCGUUAACAGAUGAACAAAUUAGUGAUGAAGAUUAUAGACAUGCAAAAAAUGUAUGGAAUACAUUUGACGUAAAGACUUUGGGUGAAUAUAGCGAUCUUUAUUUAAAAACUGAUGUUACCAUACUAGCUGACGUGUUCGAAAAUUUUAGAGACAUAUGUUUAUCUACUCUCAGAAUAGAUCCUGCUCAUUAUAUGACUGCCCCUGGAUUUGCUUUUGAUUGUAUGCUUAAGUAUACAAAGGUUAAAUUAGAGAGGUUAAAGGAUUAUAAUAUGUUACUCUACUUCGAAAAAUCAAUCCGAGGCGGUAUUUGUCAAUCAACUAAAAGAUAUGCUAAAGCAAACAUACCAAAUAUUGAAGGAUUGGACUAUAAUUCGAAUGAACCGAUUACUUGGAUUACAUAUCUCGACUGUGUAAAUUUAUAUGGAAAGUCUAUGUUGACAGAACUACCUUUUAAAGAUUUUGAAUGGGUUGAUGAUCUCGACAUAGAUGUAACUAAAAUUUCUGAAGAUUCUGAAGUAGGAUAUAUAUUAGAAGUUGAUAUCGAGUACCCUAAACAUUUACAUAAAACCCAUAAUGAUUUUCCGUUUUUACCGUUUAACGAAUGCCCACCGAAUUCGAAAGUUGAGAAAUUGUUAACUACUCUAUCACCGAAAAAAAACUAUAUUGUACAUUACAAAAAUUUAAAACAAGCGAUUUCUCACGGUCUUAAAUUAGUAAAAAUUCAUCGAGCUAUCCGCUUUUCACAAAAAAAUGGAUGGCAUCAUACAUUGAGUUCUGUACAAAAAUGAGAGCAGAAGCAAAAAAUGAGUUUGAAAAAAAUUUCUGGAAGUUGUUAAUUAAUAGCGUUUUUGGUAAAUGUAUGGAGAAUGUCCGAGCAAGAACUUCUAUAAAACUGGUUUCAUCAGAAA